GGAAGGUGGGGCUUUUGUUGCAGGAGCGGUUUGCUUUUGGAGAACCAAUGCCUCGAAAUGCUCUAUUAAUGCAGUCAUCAAGAUAACAUCAACCGAGGGCAGAAAUACAAAUCCUGCUUUGGUUGUGUCAGUGUGUCUGGGUGCAGAGAAAGUGUAAGAGUGGGUGUGUGUGUGUGCAUGUGUGUGUGUGUGUGUGAAAGAGACACUAAGAAGAAUCCAGUGAUGGCUACCAGUCCAACACUGCACAAAGUGAUUAUGGUGGGCAAAGCAGCAGUAGGGAAGUCGGCCCUUACCCUGCAGUUCAUGUAUGAUGAGUUUGAGGAGGACUACGAGCCCAGCAAAGUAAGCAGCUACAGUAAGAAGGUGGUUCUGGAUGGUGAGGAGGUCCAGGCCAACAUUCUGGACACAGCGGGACAAGAGGACUACGCUGCCAUCAGGGACAACUAUUAUCGCAGUGGGGAGGGCUUCCUAUUGGUCUUCUCCAUCACUGAGCACGAGUCUUUCACUGCCACUAUGGAGUUCAGGGAGCACAUAUUGCGGGUGAAGAUGGAAGAGGACAAGAUCCCUCUCCUUCUGGUAGGGAACAAGUCCGACCUGGAGGAGCGUAGGCAGGUAUCUGUGGACGAGGCCCGAGGGAAGGCCGAGGAGUGGGGCGUCCAGUAUGUGGAGACAUCUGCCAAAACCAGAGCCAACGUUGACAAGGUAUUCUUUGACCUGAUGCGUGAAGUACAAGGCAAGAAAAUCUCAGAAAACAAAGACAAGAACAGAAAUGAAAAUAACAAGAUGAGCUGCAAAGAAAGAUGCUGUUUCCUUUAAAGUCUUCAUGGACCUGAACUACCCACAACACAACUGCUAAGUUGAGUUAAUCAGUUUACAAGGAACUCUAAUGCUGCUGUCUGUCUUAUUUUGUGAUCAUUUAUGAUGACAUUUAAUGUCACGUCUUUUGAAGAUGUUGGCCUCAUUCGUUCAUCUGUCCGGACUCUGAUCUGUGACUUCAGAGCUUGUUUUGAAUGGAUGUUGAAACCGGAACUUUCAAAUGUCUUCUUCUUUUCCAGUUCAUCCAUUGGUUUGUGAUUUUCUGACUACAGUGCAAUCAGAGGACUUGUUGCCAAACAGGGUUAUUAUUAUCACGCCUUGUCUGAUUUCUGCAAAUCAACCCAAAAACAACAAAAUUACAACAACAAAAAAUCAGUGUACAGUAUGUUAUAUAUAAUUAUAUAAUCUGAGUGUAUAUAUAAUUAUAUAAUCUGAGUGUAUGUACAUUUCCAAGAAAAUCCCACUACCUUUCUAUGUCUGUGUGAGUGGAGCUUUGGAAAGCGUGCCAACAUCUUCACAGUUGUAUAAUCAAGUGCUACAGUGAAAAAGAUGUUUCACCACUGCUUUUAACUUCCACCUGCUGUUAGUAUGCUGUUAUCUCUCUGCAGCAAGAGUGUUGCAGAAUAAAUGCAUUUUUCCCUUUGUAAGUACUAGACAUUAUUUAGAAUAUAUUCCAACCCAUAUGUUGCAGCUUCACACUAAGCAUGGUUAACUCUGAUUUUAUUUUAGAACCAUGGCAAAAGACGAUUUACACUCGAUUUUGAAUGUUGAAACCGAUUCAACUGAAAGUGAACUGACACCCCUAGUAGACUGA